AUGAACAACCAAUCCCGCCUCCAAAACGAGUACGGCGCAGACCUCUGGACUCGCAGCCCCUCUACUGAAUAUCGCCACUCCACCGCAGGCCGCGGCCUCUUCGCUGGGCUCCAAGACGUGAAGCACUACACCGUCGAGAACGGCUGGGCUCGUCGCAAGUCCGGUGAAGCUCCGAGUGGACUGCUCAAUUCGCUCUGGAGCAGGGUUACUGGUGGGGCUUAUCACCCGCCGACGGCUGCUUGA